AGGCCGCGCAGCCGGCACCAGGAAACCGGAGCCGGCGGCGAAAGGAGAGCCCGGCCCGACAGUGGCGGGCGGGCGGGCGCGGGGCCGGGCCCGGGAGGCGCCGGGCGGAGGGAACCUUCGCAGCCCGGGCCGCACCAGCACGGGGCAUGGAGUCAGGACCGGACGCGAGAGGGGGCAGUAGUCCCGCAGCCCCCGAAGACCGCCCGAGCCCGGAACACCCCGAGCUCCCGCAGCUCCCGCGCCGCCCGCAGCUCCUGGAUGAGGACCGAGGGGCCAGCGAGGAAGGGGCCGCGGGGUCUGUGGAGGGGAGCAGCGCCCCCGGUCGCGCUGCGGGAGGCGAGCAGACCCCGGAGGAGCCCCCGACCGACCCCCAGGCCGAGGCCUCGGCAGCACCCGCCGCCCAGGACGAUGCUCCCGCCAGCCCCGGGGCCGUCAGCGAGGCCAGGCAGGGGCCCAAGCUGGCGGCCGGUGGGGUCCCCAACAUCGGCUUCGUGGGCGAGCCCCCGCCCUACGCCCCGCCCGACCCCAAGGCCGUGCACCUGCUCUACCCGCCCUACCCUCAGGUGCCCGUCCUAUACCAGCCCGGGCCCUCGCCCCAGGCCCUGUACCCGCCGCCGCCCGCCGCGACGUCCCUGUACCCCGCGGGGCCCUCCCCGCCGCCGCUCUAUGCGCAGGGCGCACCGCCGCAGCCCCUCUUCUCGCAACCCGCGGCUGGAGGAGGAGGCGCCUUCCCCUUCGCCGUGUACAACAGCCCUGUGGCCAGUGUGCCAGCUCCUGCCACUGUCGAGCACAGGCCCCUGCCCAAGGAUUUCAUGAUGGAGUCAGUGCUGGUGACCCUCUUCUGCUGCCUGCUCACCGGGCUCAUUGCCAUUGUCUACUCCCAUGAGACCCGUGCAGCCCUGCGCAGGGGUGACCUGGCCCAGGCCGAGGAGGCCUCGCGGAAGGCUCGCUCACUUGUGCUCUUCAGCCUGCUCUUCGGGGUCUUCGUGUCCACCAGCUGGGUCGUCUAUGUGGUCGUCGCACUCUACCUCCCCUGAGGGCUGGGGCCCCUGCCAGGACCCUGGGGUGCCCUGGGUUUCCCUGUCUGGCCAGGCCUUUUCUGUAGACUGACCUCUACCGGUGGCCAGUUGUUGCCUACAGAGGGGGCCCACGGGCCAGAAGAGGGUGGGCUCUGCAGCCCUCAGCAGACCUGUGGCUGGGUCUCAGCAGUGUCCUGAUCUAAGGAGGCCCAAGGGUCCAGGAGCCCCUUUUCCUAGGCACCUCCUCCUGAGAUACUCCCGGGACCAUGUUGGCCAAGCCUUUACCCUUAACCCCGGGGGAUCAACAGGGGGCCCAAAGCCCCGGCUGUCUCAGAGCCAUCUGGAAGGACAUUGCAACCUCCAGUCUCCCCCACCUCCAGUCAGCUCUGGAUCAACAGGGCGGAGCUGUCAGUAUUUAUUUUUCCCUGUGGGAGAGUUGAGAGGGGCCACCUUUCAUGGACCAAGGCUUUCUGCUGCUGCCUCCUCCCCUCUCCCUUGGGGCUCCGCCUCUGGCCCAUCCCAGGAUACAGGGUGUCUCCUGCUGACCCAUGUCCAGCAACCAAGACCACUAUGCCUCGUCAAUAAACAAAACCUGACACCCUG